UGCUGCUUUCAGUUCACUUUUCUUUUUUUGAACCAAUUUAAGUGAAAACUAUCAUCCAGCGAUCCCUCGGGGGGCCCUCUGUUUAACUGUCGUCAAGUAACUGGCUCUCUCAUUAAUUGAUUGGCUACAACUGAUCAGCCUGCAGUGUUUUUCUUUAUGAGCAAGAGCAUCUACGAUUUAACUCACUGGAUAUCAGUGAAAGACGAUCAGCGAAACAUAAGCCGAUUCUAAGGCCAGGCGCCGACAGUUAACUAUUACCGACCAGCAUUCCUGUAGAAUUAAACCCUUGGAGUGAAAUAGUAGGAUUUUCUUACCACGAAAAUGUCAACAUCAAACAGAAAUAAAACGACGGAGCAAAACCUGACAGAUUCAUGCUGGGAAAUUUUACAAGAGGGUUUACAACUGCAAUUGACAAUACUGUUGGUUUUGAACAUUUUCCUCGCCAUUGUGACCAUCCUGGGGAAUACGCUGAUUCUUGUUGCCCUACAUCACGAGUCUUCCCUUUAUCCGCCGUCCAAACUCUUGCUCCGUGGUUUGGCCGCGAGUGAUCUAUGCGUUGGACUGAUCUUCCAGCCUAUUUGUGGUGCCUUUUGGAUAUCAAUUUUAGUAAAAAACUGGACUUUGUGUCGAUAUUCUAAAGUGCUACGUUUUAUCCUGGGUUACCUCCUAGGAUCUGUGUCUUUGCUGACCUUAACUGCAAUCAGCGUUGAUAGACUACUCGCCUUGUUGUUAAAGUUGAGAUACAGACAUGUUGUCACUUUAAAGCGAACAUCUUUGAUUCUUGUUCUCAUUUGGGUGCUUUCCACAUUCGCUGCAGUCAUCUCACGAUGGAACGGCAGUAUCACAACAUGGUAUGGCUACAUUGGAAUAUCACUGUGUUUAGUGUUGUCAUCUUUUUCGUACUCAACGAUUUUCUGGAGACUCCGCCAACAUCAAACUCAACCACAAGUGCAGACAAAUGAGACAAGUCCACUGAACAUCACGCGAUAUAAAAGGGUAGUCGCGAGUGCACUGUGGCUGCAAUUGGCAUUAAUAACUUGUUACCUACCAUACCAAAUUACUGAUAUUAUAUACAAUCUGAACGAUCUCACACCAUCAGUUUUUCUCGCUGCUCAAUACAGUAUCAUUUUAAUCUACUUGAAUUCAGCAUUAAAUCCCAUUUUUUAUUGCUGGAAGAUCGCUGAAGUGAGACAAGCAUUGAAGGACACAUUAAGGAAAUUGUGCUACUAA